AUGUCAAAGCUCGAUUUAACAAAUAUACUCAGCGUAUUGAUCAUGCUGGUCUUCAUCAAAAUACCAACAACAUCUUCCGAACUUACCGACAGUGAAAUUAUCAACUCUGAAACAUAUAAAGCAUUUUUGAACAAUUUGUUGAAUACAUCGAAACAACUUCAGCGUACACAAGAAGCUGGCAACAAAGCCGUAAGAGAGCAAAAAGAAAAUGAGUCACCAUACGAGCGAGUGAUACGAAAUUUACGCACAAAUUGGGAGACGCCAAUGAAUUAUUUACAAGAGCGUGGCUACUUCAAAAAUGCAGAACCGAAAAUGGAUAGUAACAGUAGCCCUCUCUCAAUGGACGCAUAUAAUUUGAUAAAUGAUGCGUCAUUGAAUCCCUCAACGUCCAAGAAUUUGUAUAAUUUUCCUGCUGUUCCGAAUGCAAUACUGUCAACUGACAGAACUGAUCGGAACUGCAACUAUCCUAGCAUGUACAAUGAUUUAGCGUGUUUUGAUCAGUAUUUUGGAGAAAGUAUGACUAAAAGUAUCAAAGACAAAUGGAAUUCAUGGUUUCAUAAGAAUCAAUCUACAACCACCACCACUACCUCAACCACUACGACCACAAAUCCUCCUACCACAUCGACCACAACACCGUACCCGAUCGCCAAUAAAACAACCGAAGUUAUUUCUGAUUUGAGCUUGCAAGACGCAAAAGAUGGCCUCGAAUUUUUCAAAAUCUACAAUGAUUUUAUGCUUGCCAAACUGGCAUCAAAGCUCUCUCAAGAUGCACAUGAGCGUCGAAUGUUAAAAAGUACGCAAAAUCAAAAUGAGAACCAAGAACAAAAUGCACUACCUCCAGUAUUCCAGAAUCCGACACAAGCUCCCCAUUUGCUUGAUUUUUCAACGAUAAAUGAGAACGACAUACAAAUUUUGAAGGAAUUGGACUCAUGUUUGAAAAAUAAAAAAAGUUCAGCGAAUUCGGAUGAGGUCGUAAAUACCACCACUGAAUUAAUCAAGAAGUUCAAAUCGCCUAUUCGAUUCUGGUUAGGUGGUCAUUUCAUAUUGUACUUCACGAGUCCCGAAGAUGUUGAAACGAUCAUGACAUCGCCACAAUCACUGGACAAGGGAUCAAUAUACAAGAUAAUUGAAUUUGUAGUUGGUGGAGAUGGCUUAUUUAGUAUGGGUGGUGAUAGUUGGAAGAAGCAUCGAAAAUUGCUCAAUCCUACUGUGCAAAACUACAACAUCCUGAAUAGCUUUUAUCCAAAAUUCAAUAGUAACAUGAGACUGAUGACAGACUUGUUGGAGCAAAAAGUGGGAAAGGAAUUGUUUGAUAUCUACGAUCACUUGGAAGCGUGUUCAUUAGACAUGAUUUGUGUUUUAAUGCUGAUGGCCGGCAUUCAAAUAUUUCAACCGUGGUAUAGACUGUAUCCCAUUUAUCGCCUAUCAAAAUACUACAAAAUUGUUGAGAAAAGCAAAAGGGAUGCUCAUGCUUAUGUAAAGCAGAUUUUGGACAAGAAAAUAGAGGAGUUCAGGAAUCAUAACGAAGACACGAAAGGAAAUUCAUGUGAAAUUGACGAGUUCGGCAAAGCUCGCUAUAACAUCUUUAUUGACGAAAUUGUCAGACUAUCAAUUGAUCGUAGAUGUUUUACCGAACAUGAAAUGCUAGUACAAGCUUUUACAAUGAUGUCUGGGGGAUUCGAAACUACAGCUUUAACUGUCUCAUAUAUUGUACUAAUGUUGGCUUUACAUCCCGAGUACCAAGAAAGAGUUUUUGAAGAACUUCGUGAAAUUUUCACAGACCAACGAUCUGAUGUGACUGCGGAGGAUAUCUCAAAGUUCAAGUACACGGACCAAUUUAUCAAAGAAACAAUGCGAUUUACUCCAACCGUUCCAUUUGUAACCAGAUACGCGAAAAAAGAUUUUCAAAUUGGAAAACACACAGUGCCAGAGGGAACCGAGUUAAUUGUAUCUAUUUUCCAUUUGCACCGAAAUACCGCUAUUUAUGGGGAAACCGCAGACACUUUUGAUCCAGACCAUUUCCUUCCAGAAGUUGCUAGAGACAGACAUCCUUAUUCGUUCGUUCCGUUUUCCGCAGGAAUGCGCAAUUGCAUCGGCAUGAAGUAUGGACACAUUGUGGUUCGUAUGUUUGUGGCAUGGAUCGUUCGAAAUUAUCGCUUUACAACAAACUUAAAAAUGGAAGAACUCACUUUCAGGAUGAAUAUUACAAUGAAAUUAGCACAAGGUCACAUGGUUCAAGUACAUAAACGAGAAAAUUAUUGAGAAACAUUCAACUGAAAUAUAAAUGUGAAGUCAUUCAAUCUGUACGCAAUUCAAUUUUAAAUGCAUG